GCAGCGCUCGCCACACCGAGUCGAUCAGAGCAAAACACGCUUCGAGUCGAUCGCACGUCGUACUCUCGGUGCUGCUGCUCCGAUCCAUUUGUGUGGCAGGAGGUAGAUCUCGGCCCCGGCUUGCGCUCGCGGCCAAGGCCUACGUACGUACCUCGAGAGAUCGAUCGACCGACCGACGACCGCGCACAUGGGGACGGAGGCCCGCGACGGCGACGACGACCGCCGGCUCCGCGCGGCGCCGGCGCCGGCGCUCCACCUGCACGGCGGCGGCGCCCUGCCGGAGGUGAACCUGUCCACGCGGCGGCCGUUCGCGGAGAAGGUGUGGUCGGACCUCGCCGAGACGUUCUUCCCCGACGACCCGUUCCGCGGGUUCGGGGGGCUGCCGCCGGCCAGGCGGGCGUGGUGCGCGCUCAAGUACUUCGUCCCGGCGCUGGACUGGGCCCCGCGCUACCGCCUCGCCAAGUUCAAGUACGACCUCCUCGCCGGCGUCACCAUCGCCAGCCUCGCCAUCCCGCAGGGCAUCAGCUACGCCCGCCUCGCCAACCUCCCGCCCAUCAUCGGCCUCUAUUCGAGCUUCGUGCCGCCGUUGCUGUACGCGGUGUUCGGGAGCUCCAACAACCUGGCGGUGGGGACGGUGGCGGCGGCGUCGCUGCUGCUCGCGUCCAUCGUCGAGACGGAGGUGACGGCGGACGAGAACCCGGUGCUGUACCUGCAGCUCUUCUACACCGCCGCCUUCUUCACCGGGCUCUUCCAGACCGCAUUAGGCGUCUUUAGGUUAGGGCUAAUAGUGGAUUUCCUCUCGCGGUCGACGAUCACCGGCUUCAUGGGCGGCACGGCGGCGAUCAUCAUACUGCAGCAGCUCAAGGGCCUUCUUGGGAUGAAGCAUUUCACCACCAAGACGGACGUCAUCUCCGUCCUGCACUCCAUCUACCAUUACCGCCAUGAGUGGAAAUGGCAGAGUGCAGUUCUUGGCAUAUGCUUCUUGUUGUUCUUGUUGUCGAGUCAGCACCUGAGAAAGAAAUUGCCAAAAUUGUUCUGGGUGUCGGCCGUUGCACCUUUCAUGGUUGUCGUCAUCGGAGGCGUAUUCGCUUUCCUCGUCAAGGGUGACGAGCAUGGCAUCCCGAUAGUCGGUAACCUGAAGAAAGGGCUCAAUCCCCUGUCCAUUUCGCAGCUAACAUUCCAGUCCAGGCACAUGAAGACGGCCGUGAAAGCAGGUCUCUUGUCUGGGAUCCUAGCGCUGGCAGAAGGGAUAGCCGUCGGCCGAAGCCUGGCGAUGGUCAAGAACGAACAGAUCGACGGUAACAAGGAGAUGAUCGCGUUUGGCAUCAUGAACAUCGCCGGCUCUUUCACCUCCUGCUACCUCACGACAGGGCCGUUCUCAAAGUCGGCGGUGAACUUCCACGCCGGGUGCAAGACGCCGAUGUCGAACGUGGUGAUGUCGGUGUGCAUCAUGCUGGUGCUGCUGUUCCUGGCCCCUCUGUUCAAGUACACCCCGCUGGUGGCGCUCUCCUCGAUCAUCGUCGUCGCCAUGAUCGGGCUGAUCAAGGUCAAGGAGUUCUGCCACCUCUACAAGGUCGACAAGUUCGACUUCUGCAUCUGCAUGGUCGCCUUCCUCGGCGUCGUCUUCUUCACCAUGGUCACAGGCCUCGGCGCAUCGGUAGGCUUGUCAGUAGUGAGGGCAUUGCUGUACGUAGCCAGGCCUACCACCUGCAAGCUUGGAAGCAUAGCCGGAAGCGAGAGCUUCCGCGACGUAAAGCAAUACCCGCAGGCGAAGAGCGUCCCCGGCAUCCUCGUCUUGCAGCUGGGCUCUCCCAUCUAUUUCAUCAACGCGGGUUACUUGCGGGAAAGGAUCUUGAGAUGGGUGGAGGAUGAGGAGAACCUCUGCAAGGGCGUCGGGCACGAUUUGCAAUACGUUAUUCUUGAUCUUGGUGGUGUCACCUCGGUCGACAACUCUGGAAUCGGGAUGCUAUCAGAAGUACACAAGAGCCUCGAGCGGAGAGGGAUCACGAUAGCUCUGACAAAUCCUAGGCUAGAGGUGACAGAGAAGCUGAUGCCGUCUGGAUUCAUCAGGGACAUCUUGGGGGAGGAGUGGGUGUUCCUGACUAUCAAGGACGCCAUCACGGCGUGCCGAUACGCGCUGCAGACGUUCAGACGUAAGGGAGAAGACGAAGUAUAGGAGCUCUUUCUUUGCGUAGUGCUGUUUACAAAAGUAUAGGUGUAGAUACUUGGGAAAUGGGCAGGCAAGGCAAGCAAUACAAAAUGUUCCAUUAGUAUGGGUAUGAGAGGAAGAUUCGGGAAGUUAUUCAGUCGCAUGAAUUAGUAGUACUUGCUUAGAUGCUUGGAUGUUCGAUCUCUGCAUGUUCUGAAUUGUAUCAUGGUAAGGUCUUUGUUAGGGGCAAUGGGGAAUAUAGUGAGGAGGAUGGAAGAACUGUUUGUGUGUAUAGAUCAGUUUAGAUUCUGCGGUUACUGAGAGUCGUAGAUUUGCUUGUAUAAGGCCUUGUGGUAUUGCUGAACUGCUAGAAGAAUAAAUUGUUUAAAUAAUUUUACC